AUGGCGAGCGCGGGCGCGCUGUGCCGCUGCAUCUGUGGGACUUCGGAGGUGGAGCGCGAGGUCGUGGACCGCGCGCCGGGGAUGCCUCCACUGGAAGAGGUCGAAGAGGAGAAGGUCCUGCCAAAGCUGCCGCCGCCCAUGGGCCGACUGGCCUACUCCAUGUCCGCCGACCAACCCUUAAGGGGCGUCCCCAUCCGCGAGGGCGACCUGUGGCACCUCUCCACGGAGGAGAAGGUGGACCAAGUGAGGGUCUUUCUCCACGUGAACGGCUUCCGCUUCUUCGCCGACGGCCAGGAGGUGGCCAUCUCUUUGUCUCCCUUCACGUUGGUGAGAAACUGCAAGUUUCAGAGCACACAAGCGGGCAUGAACUUUUCGGAGUUCAAGAUCUUCAAGAUCUCGCUCUUCGCGCAGGGCGCCUGUUACUACUUCGGCCUGCGCGGCAGCUGCGAGCGCGACGCGGAGGAGGAGCGCUCGCGCUGGGUCCUGGACGUGUCCCGCAUCACGCGCCUGGUGACGCAGUCGCUCUUCCCGCCGUUUCGGAUCACCUGCGAUCCGAUUCCGUGCUCGGCGGACUUGCACGAGCUGACGAAAGGGCGGUUGAUGGCGGGAUACCUGGUACACUACGAUGAUUGCUUUACUGCCUCGGUCCUCUACUGUGAGCUGCACGUGAACAGGCAAGACCAUGCCCGAUUCAUUUUCUAUGAAGAUGAGACCUGUGCACAUCAGCUGAGUGAGAUGUAUGUGACUGAGCGGUCCAUUUGCUGCGAGAAGAUUGGCAUCAAUUGCAGCUGCUUCAGCGUGGAGGAGCAUCAGUUCUCCGCGCGCAGCCUGGCCGAGCGGAAGUUGUGGCUCCGCGCCAUCUCCAACCUCAAGGUGAAGUUGCAGAAUGGUGCUCCGCCGCCCAGUGAACAAGAGGUGUGCCACUACAGGGCGGCCAUCAAGGAGCACGUGGCAAAGAUCCACGGCCUCUACGAUGGUCUCCACUCCGUGGGCGGCCUGCAGACGGAUGCGCUGCUGCAACGCGCGGCCGCGCCCGCGUGGCAGGACCUCACCUGGGGCGAUGCUGGCGAUGGCGAACGGCUGCCGGACGAGCCGAACCCGGCCGCCUGCGGUCUGGGUCUGGCCGAAGGGCCUGUGGCACCGGCGGUGGCGGGCGCGGCGGUGGUGAAGCCCUACCUGCCGAACUUGGGCACCUUGCCCUCACCGCCUUCGCCCAUGGACUUGCGCCUCUCUGAACGGGCGACCAGGCUGCUGGUCGGCCCGCUCCAAGCGGACGAGCACGGCGCCGACGCGCACGGCGACGCGUCGGGCGUCUCCACGGCGUCGGCGCGGCUGCAGCGGUCCUCGUCGAUGACCGAGCCACAGCGAAGGGAGGAGCAUCGUGGUCGGGAGCGGAGCAAGUCCUUUGAGCCAUUUCCAAAGCCGGAAGGAUGA